UGGGAUCUGGCAACCGUGCAGCGCCACCCACACGGCCUCCCACCGUGCUCCGUAAGGAGGCUGCCUCACAUACCUCCGUUUCUCAGAAUAUUUGUCCCGUUUUCUGAGCUCAUAGGAGCUGUCUGCUUCUGUUACAGUAAUAUUUAAGAGUUUAGUCUUGAUAAGAACAGAGAAACGCCGUCAUGUCGUCAUACAGAAAUCGCAGGAGCGUGUUGGUUUUCUCUCAGUAUCUAAGAAAUGGUCUUAACAGAUCUCUUCAAACUUGGUCUCGCUCCCGUUCUCGUUCUCGCUCGUGUGAUCGUCGACGUGACAGGGAUGACUGGGGUUCACGUGGAGGAUGGAGUUCUGCUGGUGGUGGACGACCAUCGUUGAAAGGAAGGCAGCCAGGUGAGCGUCUUCGGAAACCGAGAUGGGACCUUUCCAGACUGACUCCCUUUGAGAAAAACUUCUAUCACCCUACACCUACAGUACUCAAUCGCCCAGCUUAUGAAGUUGAAAAAUAUAGGAAUGAGAAGGAAAUUACACUACGUGGCAAGAACAUCCCAAACCCCAUCCAGUACUUUAGCGAUUAUAAUUUUCCGGACUAUGUUAUGGCAGAAAUCAGAAGACUAGGCUAUGAACAACCAACACCAGUUCAAGGUCAAGGGUGGCCUAUUGCACUUCAGGGAAGGGACUUUGUUGGUAUUGCCCAGACUGGUUCUGGCAAAACGUUAGGAUACAUCCUGCCAGCAAUUGUGCAUAUAAACAACCAACCAUAUUUGGAGCGAGGCGAUGGUCCAAUUUCACUCAUCCUAGCCCCCACUAGAGAACUUGCCCAGCAGAUACUAACAGUUGCACAGGACUAUGGGGCAUCCUCAAAGAUCCGGUCCACAUGUGUAUUUGGAGGUGCACCCAAGGGACCACAAAUUCGUGAUCUUGAAAGAGGGGUUGAGAUUUGUAUUGCAACACCAGGGCGUCUUAUUGACUUCCUUGAAGCAAACAAGACAAACCUACGGCGUACAACAUACUUGGUACUAGACGAGGCUGACCGCAUGCUGGACAUGGGUUUUGAGCCGCAGAUCAGAAAAAUAGUAGAUCAGAUUCGACCGGAUAGGCAAACACUCAUGUGGUCGGCAACUUGGCCAAAGGAGGUGAGGAAUCUAGCGGAGGACUUCUUGAAAGAUUACAUACAGCUGAAUGUUGGAUCACUUUCCCUAGCUGCCAACCAUAAUAUCCUCCAAAUUGUUGAUGUUUGUCAAGAAAUGGAAAAGGAUACCAAACUCCAGCAACUACUUGAAGAAAUCAUGGCAGAAAAGGAAAGCAAGAUCAUCGUGUUUGCUGAUACAAAAAGAAAAGUCGACGAUUUGACCAGGCGAAUGAGACGCGAAGGGUGGCCAGCAAUGUGUAUCCAUGGAGAUAAAUCUCAACAGGAAAGGGACUGGGUUUUAAGUGAAUUUCGGUCUGGAAGAGCUCCAAUUUUGGUAGCCACAGAUGUUGCUGCACGAGGGCUAGAUGUGGAUGAUGUCAAGUUCGUGAUCAACUAUGACUACCCGUCAUGCUCUGAAGAUUAUGUCCAUCGCAUUGGUCGAACUGGCAGGUCAGACAAGACUGGUACUGCAUACACUUUCUUCACAGCAGACAACUGCAAGCAGGCUAAAGAUCUAAUAGAAGUGCUGAAAGAGGCAAAUCAAGUGGUAAACCCACGUCUUUAUGAAAUCAUGGAUAUGGCAAGAGGUGGUGGUGGCAAAGGACGUAAUCGUUGGAGGGGCCGUGAUGAUGACAGGAGAGGUUUUGGACGCGACCGUGAUCGCGAUCGAGUUAGUGGUGGUGGAAGGAACGGCUACAGCAAUGGAAAUGGCUAUGGUACGUCUGAAGGGCUUGGAAGACUUAACCAGUUUAGAGGUGGAGGCAAUAGCAGUGCUGUGCCCAAUGGGGUGGGUGCAGGCCGAACGCAUCUGAAUGGUCCUCCUCCACUAAUGGGUUCUGGUUCUGUGAAGCCUUCAAUGAGCCAAGCGGCUAACCAGAACCAGUUUAAUGGCCCCCAACGUCCACCCGUCCAGAAUGUGGGAACCAACAUGUCCGUGGGCAUGUUUAACCAGGCUGCCACUGCUGGUGGCUUAGGCAUUAUGGGGGCCAUGCCUAGUGCAAUGAACUGGCCACGUCAGUGACCCGGCAGCUGUCCUAGUCAAGCUCCUUCCCUCCAACUGGGGCCUUGCCAAGUGGCUGCCUCAACUCUUGCCUCGGCGAAUCAUCAUCACUGAAACAAAUGUCAACCACUCCUAUGAUUCGUCUUGUAACUGAACUGAUGAUGGGGCCUCACUUGGCAAGGUUUCUCAUCAUAUUUGUAUCUAAGAUAUUUCUUCUUGAACUUAGUAUAUUGUAUGCAAAGUAUUGGAAUUUUCUCCAUUCCAACAUGCUGAUAUAGUCUUUGAAAAGUGAAUUUUUAAGAUGGCAUGGCAUGUUUGGCAAGUGAGGCGUUCUAUUCAGUAGUUACCAUUAGCUAGUUUUUGAGUUUACCAUUGAUGAUGUUGGUAUCUAUUACAGCUUACUGAAGUCUGGACUGGAGGUGACCACUUACUGCUGCACAAUCCCCUUUCUAGGAGGUUAGAGGUUGCGCACGUUUCCACUAAGUACUUGACAGGCCCGGUUGUCAAGGGGUAGGGAAAGCUCAGCUCACCCCAUCAUUACAGUAUGCUGACACCUGCACCAUUUCCUCCUUGUCUACGGGACUGCUGUCUACUUAAGCCAACAACAUCAUUAUUAGUUAUCCUCACUGUCCAAAAGCCUGUUGAGUUAUGCCAGCAUGUUGUUGAUUUAUAUACAUGUAUAUAUAUAUAUAUAAUUUUUUUUUGUUUACAAACCAAAUAUUCCAUUGUAAUUUUAGUAAGCAUUUUCCUAAUUUCUUUAUAGGAGAUAAUAUUUUUCAUUAUCUGUUUGAGACAAAAUUAUUUGUGUAUGGACCAAGAAACUGUAGCCCUCUAAAUAAUUAAAUAAAUAUUGUAUUAAAAGGCA